AUCGGAGACUGCUGCGCAGCAUCUGGCGAUGCCAGGAACCAGCAGGGAGGGGAAAGGGAGAGAGAAGGGGCCCAAGGAGAGGCGGCGCUUCCCUCCUCAACUCCAGGCCUGGGAGCGUUCCUGCCUCCUGGCAUGGCAAUCCUCUUCCCUGAGACUGGCAGUUGCUCAAGAUGGGACGCUCCCGGGACCAGACCCGAGCGACAGCCGGCUACGCCGUCCGCUGGCCUGAGCAAAUAAACGCGUGUCUUCAAAAAACUACAGUCCCCAUGGUGGCACGCGCCUGUAGUCCCAGCUACUCUGGUGGCUGAGGCAGGAGAAUGGCGUAAACCUGGGAGGCGGAGCUUACAGUGAGCCGAGAUCGCGCCACUGCACUCAGCCUGGGCGACAGAGCGCUCAAAAAAAAAAAAACUACAACCCCCAUGAAGCUUUAGUGCCUUUGAGGGGAGGAGUGGCGCAUGUUUGUUCACGCACGAAAAAGAAAUUAAACCUAACUACCGUUCCCAGAGGGCGCCGCUCUGCAAAUUACCCAAUCAGCUCUAAGUACAAAGCAUCGCGAGUCUUUAGUGAGCUUUGGCGCUAUAAGCCCGUGGGACCGGGCAUUGGAGACCCUUUUCACAAGAUGGCGCCGAAAGCGAAGAAGGAAGCUCCUGCCCCUCCUAAAGCUGAAGCCAAAGCGAAGGCUUUAAAGGCCAAGAAGGCAGUGUUGAAAGGUGUCCACAGCCACAAAAAGAAGAAGAUCCGCACGUCACCCACCUUCCGGCGGCCGAAGACACUGCGACUCCGGAGACAGCCCAAAUAUCCUCGGAAGAGCGCUCCCAGGAGAAACAAGCUUGACCACUAUGCUAUCAUCAAGUUUCCGCUGACCACUGAGUCUGCCAUGAAGAAGAUAGAAGACAACAACACACUUGUGUUCAUUGUGGAUGUUAAAGCCAACAAGCACCAGAUUAAACAGGCUGUGAAGAAGCUGUAUGACAUUGAUGUGGCCAAGGUCAACACCCUGAUUCGGCCUGAUGGAGAGAAGAAGGCAUAUGUUCGACUGGCUCCUGAUUACGAUGCUUUGGAUGUUGCCAACAAAAUUGGGAUCAUCUAAACUGAGUCCAGCUGCCUAAUUCUGAAUAUAUAUAUAUAUAUCUUUUCACCAUAUACAUGCCUCUCUGUCAAUUUCUGGUUGGGCUGGGAGGCCACACAUACACACUGACAUGACAGGGCUUGGGCAAGACUCCUGUUCUACUUAUCCUUUUGAAAUACCUCACCCUGCCACUCCACCAUGUAUGAUCACUCCAGAGAUCUUUGUGACUAGAGUUAGUGUCCUAGGAAAACCAGAACUCAGAACUUGCCUCCAUGGUUGAGGGUAACAAGCUAUACAAGAACCCCUUUUAUCCCUGGAAGAGGCUGUGUAUGAAACCAAUGCCCAGGGUUUGAAGGGUGUCAGCAUCCAUUUCAGGGGAGUGUGGAUUGGCUGGCUUUCUGGUAGCAUUUUGUCCUCACACACCCAUCUACUAUGUCCAACCGGUCUGUCUGCUUCCCUCACCCCUUGCCCAAUAAAGGACAAGGACUUCAGAGGAGUA